ACUUGCCAUGAUCGAUCGCUACACGAGCGUCGCCAACUCAGAUCGUUUGAGUAGCUUCAACCUUGCGCCUGGGCCUCAUAACACGACCCAAGCCGUCCCGCCCAGUCCGACCGCCAGUUUGAAGACUAACCCGUCUGUAUCCAACCCUCUCGCGAACAUAGAGAACCCGAUUCUCCGCACUGGCACCGGUGAACACAUCAACCCCGGCUCAAUCCCUCAACCACAUGCCUACCGACCCAACGCACAAGCUGCACGCAUGCCCAACUCCGCCUCACAAGUGGACCUCGCAUCAGCCCAGCAAGACGGAACACCGCAGCCCCUCGCACGAGUCACCACCCUCCGCGACGCCCGCACGCCUAACAAUCUCGUCACCUCGCCCACUGCCUAUGAUGCCUCUCACAGCACGGCCUUUCCAGACAUGCAGAAUUCAGAAUUCAGCAGCGGUCUCAUUCACGGUCAUGAGCCGCGGCUGUUUCCUGGUAUCAUGAGCAGUAGUGGUGGGAGGAGGAGAAAGUCGUCCAUAGUACGGGCGACGGACGAUGAGGCGUUGGCGCAGAGUACGGGGAGUCUGGCGAGGAGUGGAACGGACGAGAAGACGAUUCGAGAGGGCGUUGCCGAGGGGAGUGCUGGAGAGGAAUAGUCGAAUUGCUACUGUGCCGAAGGCGAUGCGAAGAGAAUGUAAAAGAUGACCGAC